GCUCAUAUAUAUAGAUAUAAAAAAUGCGACAAAAAGUAAGGGUCUUUAUUCUUCUUUUCUUUCCCCCUCUUUUUCCCCUUCUAUUUAUAUUUCUUUUUUCUUUUGUAAUUCAUUUUUUUUUUAUCUUAUUUUAUUUUAUUUUUAUGAGCCAUACUAUGUCUUUAUCUGUUCAAGAUGACUAUUCUUCAUUUCACGACAGUUAUUCUCUUCGAGAUUCAUAUUCAUCGUUCGACUCAUCUCAACCACAACAACCCAGAAAAAUUUAUAAUGGUGAUAAAGAAACAAUGAUUAAACAACUAUACUAUCAAAUAGAACAACUGUCUUUAUCCAAUGCUCGGCUGGCAAGGGCCAAUCGAAUAUUGAAACUAGAAAGUGACCAAAUUGUAGAAGAAAGAACAUCACAACUCAAAAGGGCAUUGAGAAUGUCUGCCGAGCAAAAUAUUCGGUUACAACGGGCAAAUCGAUUAUUAAAAGAUGAAUAUAAAACCCAAACAGAAAAACUCAAUAGCUUCAAACAGGAUCAAAUUCGGCAAAUGAAAAAUGUGGGUCCUGAAUAUGAAUAUUUAGUUCAAGUUAUCAAUUUACUCUAUCGACAACUGGCUGGUAAAUCCAACUGUGAAUCCACUUGUUGCUUUACAGAGAAACCAGUUCAAAAUCAAGAAGAAGAGGAAGAAGAAAACAAGAAACAUGCCUGUAGACCCAUUGUCAAGUCACAUAUACCAGCUGGCAAUUUAGCAACAAUACUAGAACAAGAAAACAAUCAAUUAAGAGAAGGAAUGGAUGUGUUAAUAAAUGACAGAGAAAAACUAUAUCAAUUACUUAAAGACAAAGAGGAAGACAACGAAACACUAAAAUAUGAAUUAAAAGUAAAGGACGACAUUGUUAAACAGUUAGAGAAUGAUUUCGAAAAAAUGGAAUUAGAAGUGACCGAUUUACAAAAGGACUGGUGUUAUGGGAAGAAUCGUUCUCCAGACAGUUCAUUCUCUGAAUUGCAUUCUUUUCCGUCUGUACCUACUUGAUACCUUAUUGUAGUACCACAAUUUAUAUUAAAAUUUAAUGCGAAAAAUGAUUAUUUUCACUCGAAAUAAAAUGGCUACACGUUUUUGUAUGUAUAUGCACAAAGAAUUUUUU